AUGCCUGUCCUCUCUCGGGUCAUCUUUUUUGGCUUCCAGGCUGCCCUCCUUGUCUCAAUCGGCGGCCCGGUCUCGGCCCCACUCUCUGCGCUGGCAACACCCCUACCUUUUCCUAUGCCUUUGAUGCCUCACGUCGCGGACUAUGCCUCUCGCAUUCCUGUCAAAAACUACACAACCGUAGUUCAAGAUCCCUUGGAAAAAGAAUCCUCCGUUGCGCGCCGUGACAUGGACCCUGUGAUAGUGGACCACGCAUCGUCCUUUAUCUCGUCCUAUGCACGCCGUCAAGACGACUCGCUCACGGCUUUGACAGCUAGUGCUGCGGAACUUGACGGAUUGGCAUCUCAGGCUUCCACUUCUGGCGACGAUCCCGUCUAUCAAGCACAAGUCCUCAGUGCAGUCACCGGGUAUCAGACCGACCUUCUCGGGUUCAGGACGCUUCUGGGCGAUCAGGAGAAAGGGCUGGCGAACUACGACCCCAACGACCCACUGGAGGAUGCGCUGAAAGCCAUGAUUAACGCUACCAAGGACGCGUUGAGUUCAAUCACUACCAUUGUAUACGGCCUGCCUGUUUUGGGGCCUAUCUUAGGACCCGUCGUGUAUGAAAUCAAAUGCUUACUCGACCAAAUCCUCGACCUCACGGAGAACCUCACGGAUGGGCUGCUCAACCUGUUGAUACCAGACUUGAACGUAGUCAUCGCACUAGCAACAGCAAUCAUGGUAGUGCCAGCAUAG